AUGAAGAAGCCGUCCACGCUCCUCCGCUCGUUCUCCUCGCGCCUAUCCACGUGGCUCGCGCCCUCGCCGGCGGUGGCCCCGUGGCCGCCGGUCCGAUCGGCCUACGACCGCUGGCUCGCCACUGAGCUGGACGAGCUCCGCGCCGACCCGCUCGCACCCUGCACCAGCGCCGCAUGGCUCGACCGCGCGCUCAGCCUCGCCGUCGCCGCGCAGAGGCGCCUCGUCGUGUCGGGCAUAGCGAGCGGCGGCGCCGCCAGCAGCAUCGACAGGAGGACCAUCGACGAGCGCGUCGACGACACCGCGGAGCUGCUCGACGCGUGCGCCUGGCUCCGCGACCGCCUGGACACGCUCAGGGGCUACGUCGCCGCCACGCGCACGGCGCUGCACUGGCUCGAAGGCGGCCACGGCCACGGCGGCGAGGGGGCGGCCGCCGCGCGCCGCGCCGCGGCGGCGUUCGCGGAGUGCGAGGCCGUGGAGCGGCGGUGCGGUGCCGAGCUCGCCAUGUGCGGCUCCAACCUCCGCAGGCUCGGCGAGAGGGCGCUGCUGCGCACCACCAGGCAGCAGCAGACCGCGGCCACCGGCGCACACCACUGUUGGUCCGACGAAGAGGCGGUGUCCGGCGCGCGCGCGCUGGCGCUGCUCGCCGUCGGCGCGCUGGGCACGGCGCUGGCAUUCCGGCCGCGCCGCAGCGUGUGUGGCCUCGCCGGCAGUGGCGGCAAGGCCGCGGCGCAGUGGGAGUGUGCGCUCCAGGACGUGCAGAGGCACGUCAGGGAGGAGUACGACCGGCGGAGGAAGGAGGGCGUCCCGUGCAUGGUCGAGCUCGACGCCGCGGCGGCCACCAGCCGGGCGGUGAGAUGUGCCGUGGCCAGCGGGCGUGGCCGCCGCUGCCCGGAGACCAUCGUAGCAGAGGCGAGGAGGAGGUGCGACGAGCUGGAGGACACGGUGGCGGCGUUCGAGGAGAAGGUCGGCGAGCUGCAUAGAGAGUUGAUAGCUGUUAGAAUGUUGCUCUUGGAGUGGGCGCAGAUAGCAGGAGGGCAUGAGGUGCUUAGAUUUGCCUGUACUCCUGCUCAUUCCGAAGCAUCUUGUCCAAGAUUGUCACGGUCUAAAGGAAGUGAUUUAAACUGA